CCUUAAAGUGGCGUUAGAGGAAUACAUGGUACGGCUGCCAAAGGUUCGCAUCCUGAGGACCAAGAAGAGGGAGGGGCUGAUCAGGACUCGGCUGCUGGGAGCCGCCGCCGCCGUAGGCGAGGUCAUCACCUUCCUGGACUCUCACUGUGAGGCUAAUGUCAACUGGCUGCCUCCUAUGCUUGACCGAAUCGCCCAGAACAGGAAGACCAUCGUUUGCCCGAUGAUCGACGUCAUCGACCACGACAACUUUGGCUAUGAAACGCAGGCGGGCGAUGCCAUGCGAGGGGCUUUCGACUGGGAAAUGUACUACAAACGGAUCCCCAUCCCUGCAGAGCUGCAGAAGGACGACCCCAGUGAGCCGUUUGAGUCUCCUGUGAUGGCGGGGGGGCUGUUUGCUGUGGACAGAAAGUGGUUCUGGGAGCUGGGGGGAUACGACACUGGUCUGGAGAUCUGGGGAGGGGAGCAGUACGAGAUUUCCUUCAAGGUAUGGAUGUGUGGCGGUCGGAUGGAGGACAUCCCCUGCUCACGGGUGGGACACAUCUACAGGAAAUACGUCCCCUAUAAAGUUCCAGGGGGGGUCAGUUUGGCAAGGAACCUGAAGCGUGUAGCAGAGGUGUGGAUGGAUGAGUACGCCGAGUACAUCUACCAGCGGCGGCCCGAGUACCGCCACCUGUCAGCAGGAGACGUGACGUCGCAGAAGGAGCUACGCAGCAAACUCAACUGCAAGAAUUUUAAGUGGUUCAUGAGCGAGGUGGCCUGGGAUCUGCCUAAACAUUACCCGCCUGUGGAGCCCCCCGCUGCUGCAUGGGGGGAGGUCCGUAACGUCGGCAGCGGGUUGUGCUUGGAGAGCAAACACUUUGUGUCUGGAAGCCCCAUCCGUCUGGAGAGCUGCGUGAAGGGCCGGGUGGACGUUAGCUGGAGUCAUGGACAGGUGUUCACCUUUGGCUGGAGAGAAGACAUCAGGGUUGGUGACCCAAUGCACACCAAGAAAGUCUGCUUUGAUGCCGUUUCACACCACAGUCCUGUAACGCUGUACGACUGCCACGGCAUGAGGGGAAACCAGCUGUGGCGCUACAGGAAGGACAAAAGCCUCUAUCACCCCGUCAGCAACAGCUGCGUGGACAGCAACGCCAACGAGAGGCGGAUCUUCAUGAACACCUGUGACCCUUCGUCCUCCAGCCAGCAGUGGAUCUUUGAGAAAACUAACUCCACCGUUUUGGAGCACUUUAACCGUGGGAUGAAGUGAGCGGCUCAGAGCGGAGAGUCCUGGAGCUGCUGGUGUAACCGGGGCCCCCCCUGUUUGCUUGGGGCGGAGCCUGUUUUUAUUGCAAAGUUAGGAGAACUAAAUCAAGAUGUUGAAUCCUGCAGGAAAGUUGAAGGAGAACCUGAAAUUGUUCUUGAUUGAUGGUUUAAGUGAUUUAAGGGGUUUUAGUUGUGCUUUGGCAGCGGGUCUGUCUAACUUCUGGUUUUGCUACUGAAUCAUCACCCCACCCCCACCCCCCCCCCAUGUUCUGCCCUCACGUCUGUCUCUAUCUCCCUGCAUGGCUGCACCUUUGCCCCCCCUUUCCAUUCUCUUCCUUUUAAAUCCUCUCAUGUCUCUGCAGCUCUGACAGCCUCCCUGGGGAGGGGGGGGGGGCUGGUUUGUUCAGAGCCAAAGUCAUCCUGACACCCGGUGAAGCCGAGCAGAACCGCUCUGAAAAUCAGCCAACAAAUGGCUUCUCCUCCACAGCGCCUCCCUGCUCCACGCCUGCAGGCAGAGCUGCCAGGAGACCAGUCUGCCUCCUCCUGCACCUCCUCCAGCUUUAUGCUCUGCCUCCUUCUGCACCUCCUCCAGCUUUAUGCUCUGCCUCCUCCUGCACCUCCUCCAGCUUUAUGCUCUGCCUCCUUCUGCACC